AUGCAGCCCUUCCGCCGCUACACCUUCUCUGCUCUGCAGAAGGCCACGGUGCAACGACGAGGAUAUGCCGCGGUCAGCAACGCUUAUGCCUCAACUGUCAAGAACCUUCGCAUAAACCAGGACACCAAGGUCAUCUUCCAGGGAUUCACGGGAAAACAGGGAACGUUCCACGCCGAACAAGCGAUCGCAUAUGGUACCAAUGUUGUUGGUGGCACGAAUCCUAAGAAGGCUGGCACCACGCAUCUGGGAAAGCCCGUCUUUGCUACAGUCAGAGAGGCAGUGAAGGAGACUGGAGCUACAGCUUCUGCUAUCUUCGUUCCCCCACCUCUGGCCGCAAAGGGUAUUGAAGAAGCAAUUGAGGCCGAAGUUCCUCUCGUUGUUUGUAUCACGGAGGGCAUUCCGCAGCAUGACAUGGUGCGCAUUACGGAUAUCCUGAAGACACAAAACAAGACUCGUCUAGUCGGACCCAACUGCCCUGGAAUUAUCGCUCCGGGCCAAUGUAAGAUCGGUAUCAUGCCUGGAUUCAUCCACAAGCGCGGCCGUGUUGGCAUUGUCUCCCGUUCUGGUACCCUCACCUACGAAGCUGUGAACCAGACCACCCAAGCCGGUCUGGGUCAGUCUCUUGUCGUCGGCAUUGGUGGUGAUCCUUUCUCGGGCACCAACUUCAUUGACUGCCUCAAGAUCUUCCUUGAAGACGAGGAAACCGACGGUAUCAUCUUGAUUGGUGAGAUUGGCGGUAGUGCCGAAGAGGAUGCUGCGGAAUUCCUGAAGAGCGAAAACAAAAAGAACAAGCCCGCGGUCAGCUUCAUUGCCGGUAUCAGCGCUCCUCCAGGCCGACGAAUGGGUCACGCUGGUGCCAUUGUUAGCGGAGGCAAGGGUGGUGCCGAUUCCAAGAUUGCUGCUCUGGAAGCCGCAGGCGUCAUCGUUGAGAGGAGCCCGGCCUCUCUCGGCAAGACUCUUCUGGCUGAAUUUGUGAAGAGGGACCUUGUCUAA